AAUACAAAAUUUUAAAGAUUCUGAUUAUCCGGAUCUCCUCCGUCUCCCAUUCCCUACCGUAAGUGAUAGCAUCUUAAAGCACCGGUUUCCAAACCAAGUUGGAUGUGAAAAAAUUGAUGAUGAAAACCCGAAACAUAAUUAUAAGUGCCAUCCACACCCGCUAAUUCUAGUUCGUGCAGAUUUGAUCAAUGAUAUGGCAACUCCAUCCUCUACAACUACUAUUCUUUUAUCAUGUCAUGACCCAACAAAGAAGAUCGAGUUACUAUGCAAUGGUUGUUUGAGACCAAUCACCGAUAUGCCGUAUUACAAAUGUGCUGACAAAGAUAACAAAUGCUACUUUGUUCUUCAUGAAUGGUGCACCCGACUUCCUGCUAAGCUCCAGGAUUACACAAAUCACAAACAACAUACACUCAUUCUCCAAACAAAUGCCUCUAAUAAGUUUUUCUCUGUCUUUGAUUGUGAUGUAUGCGAGCUUUCGUGUAACGGGUUUGUCUACACAUGUGUGCAGUGUGAUUAUCUUAUUGAUGUUAAAUGUGCAUUCCUACCAGAAAAAAUAACACAUGAAGCUCACCCGAGUCACCUCAUGUCAAGGGUUGAGUUAAAAUAUCCCUUCAGCGCUUGCCGUUUAUGUCGAAACAGAAAAAAUAGACAACUUGUAUUCCAUUGUGACACUUGUAGUGAUGAAUGGGUACAUGCCAAAUGUGCUAUGUUAUUGCCUAGAGAAAUCAAGCACAAGUAUGACAAGCACCUUAUGAGCAUAAGUUACAACCCGAUUGAAAAUCAUAAAAGCGAGUACUUUUGUGAAGUUUGUGAGGAGGAAUUUGAUCCAGAGCUUUGUUUCUACCACUGUUAUCAGUGUGCCCAAUCCAUCCACACUCAUUGCGCGCCGCUAAUACUUCAAUCUGAAAGAGCUGCUACAUAUUCGCAGUUCUCGAGCUCAGGAGUUUAUAAGUUUGUGAAUAUAAAGUUUGGGGGUACGCAUAGUAUCAAGGAUCACCAUCACUCUCUCCUUUUUUCUCAAGGGAUUCAGAGUGAUGGUAUCUGCAGCAAGUGUCAUACAAUAUUGCACAACACGAUGAUCUUCAAGUGUCAACAAUGCAGCGCGUACGCAAUUCAUUUGGAUUGCUGUAAGGAUUUGAGCGACAUCUAAUUAAAGAGUUGCUUUUUGAUCACCGAUCCAUGUGAACGGAAGUGCGUACAUAUGUCGGUUUAUAAGCUAUUUCAUUAUCACUUCAAUGGAUCAAGGGACAACAGUCAACGUUAAAUAUUUCCAUGCAUGUUAUUUACUAAUUAUUUUAUUAUUUAUAUGUAUAACGUUAUAUGUAAAUCUUUAUUUACCACAAAUGAUGUAAUUAAGUUG